CUCUUAGAAACCUAUUUGGUUUGUACCCGCGGAUGUACAUUGUAGAGCACAACAUUAUAAGGAUGAUUCUAUGUACAAAACACGCCAUCGCAACGGCAUCGCACAACUUGAACCCAAGUCCAACCAUUCCAAUUUCCAAAAUGUACGCUAUCACUCCUAUCCUCCUCCUCGCCAGUCUCUUCAGCACCUCGCUGGCUGCCGACAUCUACAUCCAAGGCAGGCAUUUCGGCGGCGACGACCGGAUCCAGAUCGGCAAUACCAACUGCGGGCAGGAUGUCUACCACUACUCCGACAUCACCUGCGAUGGCAACGCCAGAAUGCAUCUCGGCAGCGUCGUACCCCAUGACUGCAAGGCCGAUGCUCCAGGCAACACAUACACAAACAUUGUAGCGUCGGGCAAGUGUAAGGCACACCUUGGAAACUUUUAUCAGCAGGAUGACGAUGCGGAUGAUAACGAGGAGGAUUAUGAAGACUUUCUUGAGAGUGAUGAUGACACCAAUGAGGACUGAGUUAUGGUUAAAGGUACCGAAGAUGAUAAGUGGUGUUCAGGCAGUACCGGG